GCGUCUGAUCAAAAAGUAAAUAUCAUUAAAAAACAACAUGAAAUCGGCUAAUAGCAGAUUUGCUGCUGUAGAACUAACAGAUUUAGAGAAACUGGCUGACAAAAAGGAUUCAAAACACACUCAAAGAUCUGUGAAGAGAAGUGUAAGUUUGUUUCGGGAAUUUCUUGAUGAAAAUAACAAAGACUUUGAGUCACUGGACAAAGUAACUUUGAAUGAAAAGCUGAGGUUGUUUUAUGCUUCUGUCAGAAGUAAAAAGGGCGAGAAUUUAAAAGCAACCACACUACAGUCGUUAAAAUAUGGACUGUCAAGACAUCUAAAAAACAAAUGUAAAAUUGAUGUCAUCACUGAUGCUCAUUUCCGAACGAGUCAAGAGGUAUAUAAAGCUGUUGUAUCAGACUUGAAGAAGAAGGGAUUUGGCUGCACACGACAUAUAAAAUCUAUUACAGAGGAGGAUUUGAAGAAACUUUACAAUAACAAGACGAUAUUCAAUGUCAAUACACCAUAUGGUCUCCAAAAGAAAGUUUGGUUCGAAUUAAUGUUUUAUCUAUGCAGGGAUCGUGAAGUUGUCAGAGAAAUGAAUAAGUCAACAUUUGCCAUCGGAACAGAUUCUAAUGGAUUACAGUUCGUAUAUCCUACUAAAAAUGAACAUGAGACAGACCUGGCACAUCAUUAUGAUGGUAAGCCAGACAGUACUGUAGAAGAACGUAAAAUGUAUGCUCGUCCUGGUGACCCGAUGUGUCCUGUUGAGUCCUUCAAGAAAUACCUCCAAAAGAUUCAUCCAGAUCUACAGGAUUUGUGGCAGAGACCUUUAGAAUCCUUUGAUAGAAGCGGAAAUGAGUGGUACUUCAAGUCACCACUUGGGAAAAAUUCGCUAAGUUGUUUCAUGACAGACCUCUCUAAAUUGAGUGGUCUAUCAUGUGUUUACACCAACUAUUCCAUUCGUUUGACACCAAUUAAAGCCAUGGAAAAUGCAGGGUUAGUACCAAAGUAUAUCAAGCCAGAACCCGACUACAUGAUGGAUCAUGAAUCUAGAUCUACACAACCUGAUCAUGACUACGUGGAGGAGCACCCGUCUAGCUCUACGCAACAUGACUUCGUGAUAGAUCACCAGUCUAGAUCUGUGCAACCCGAAUUUAUGAGUGAACACCCAUCUAGGUUGACACAACCUGACUUCAUAGAAGAUCAACAGUCUAGAUGUGCACAACCUGAAUUUGUGAGAGAGCACCCAUUUAGGUCGACACAACCAGACUACAUAGAAGAUCACCAGUCUAGAUCUCCCAUCAGCAGCUAUACAUGUAAUAAGGGUAAACGAAGUGAAGGCACACAAUGUGAUCCAGACCCACUUUUCAGCGAAAACCAACGGCUGCUAAAAGAGAUUCAAGACCUUAAACAAGAACUGUAUCUGUACAAAAUACAACAUCUCAAGAAGGAACCACCUUAAUAACUGGAGGUCCAAGGCCAAAACACAAUAGUGGUUGGGGACUGGAGCAUCUCUGCUUCACAUGUCUUAACAAGAAGCUGAAUCAGCUGUUCUAAAAUCUAAAGGAUGGUGUGUAUAAACUAAUGUUUAUAUUACUGCACCAUGCCUACCCAGAUCAGCUAGCUUGAAGUAUGUAAUAGAACUUCAUUAUUCAACAUUCCAAGUCACUAAUGCUGCUCAUUGACACUGGGACGCAGCAAUUUGUUACUCUCAAUUACAGGAGUUAUCCUAGCUGUGUAAGUAGAGUACAAGAAUUAACAAGAGAUGACCCUUUGAAACAAGGGUCAUGAUUGUGUUACUUGCAGUAAUUUUUACAAGAGAUGACAUUUUGACACCAGGGUCAUUUAUGUGUUCCAAUAAGUUUUGUAUCUGUGAAAGAUAUUUUGUGUCAGGAUUAAAAGAGAUAACACUUGAACACCAGGGUCAUGAAUAUGUCACCUACAAUAAUUUUUGUUGAUGUGUGGAGUAUGAUCAUGAGGAUUUACAAAAGAUAUGAGAUUUGCAAGACAUGACACUUCAAAACAACGGUCAUGUUUAUGUCACCUACAGCAAUUACUGUAGCUGUGUUGAACAAUUAAGAGGAUUUACAAGAGAUUGCUCUUGAAACAAGGGUCAUGUAUGCGUUCCAAUAAUUAUUGUAGAACUAUGUGUUGUAAGGAUUACAGGAGUGACACUCAGACAGCAGAUUAAUAUUUAUGUUGUUUACUGUAUAUUAUUACAUUGAUGUUGUUAUUGAUGUACACGUACAUUCAUAUGUUUAUUUCACUAUGUGCAAUUACUUGUCAGAUUAUUAUUAAUGAAUAAACAGUAACAC